CGUGGGGCCCGUCUGCCAGUGACCCAAACAGCGCCUAACCACUCCUUCUGACUCAAUCGCGAAAAGACUACGCGCACACGUCAAACUGUCCCACACGACCUGUACCUGCCCCGCCGCCCACCGGACGCAACCGCGUCCGACCACCGCCGCCGGAACCCUACGCCCCCGCCUCGCCGCGCCAUGGCGGAUCCGCCGCCCGUGGCUGCCUCCGCCUUGCCGGCGCAGCCCGACCAGGUCGCCGCCUCCGUGUCCACCCCGCAGAACCCCAACCCUAACCCCCUCCUCUCCCCCCAAAUCCCCCCGUCCCCGACCGUCUCCGACCUCUCCGCGCACAUCUCGUCCCCUCAGCAGCUCGACCCGGUGGCUGCGGCAGCUGCCGCUUCGGGCGGCGGGGGAUCCAUGGAUUACCCCCCGCGCCCGCCGCAGCUGCAGGCGCCUUCGCCCACGCAGGCGGGGCCCGGCGCCGCCGGGUUUGGCCAGAUCCCCCGCUCGGGGUCGGCCUCACGCCUCUCCACGGCCAGCCAGCUCCAGCAGUACGCGGCUAGGAUGUACGGCGGGCAGAUGAGCUUCUCGGGUGGCGGAGGUCUCGUGGGCCAACAGCAGCAGCUGGCGGGGCGCACCCCCGUGCUUGGGCAGGGCCAGCUGGGGAUGCUGCAAGGCCAGGGUAACGCGGGAUCUGCGGCACAUUUUGGGCUUCAGUCGCAGAUGAUGGCGCAGGCUAGGCAAAAGGGCAUGGCACAAGGCACCCAAUUGAAUAAUGCUAAUACAGCUCAAGCGCUACAAGGGAUGCAGCACAUGGGUGUCAUGGGUACUAUGGGGAUGAACCAGAUGAGACCAAAUGGAACUAUUCCCUAUGGUGCUCAACAAAGGUUCGCCCAUGCGCAAAUGAGACCACAAGCGUCUCAACAACCUGCACUGUCUCCACAGGUGCCUGGUCAAGGUCUGUCGAGGACAGCAUCAAUUGCAGCAUUAAAUUCACAACUGUCUGGAUCAUCACAAAAUGGACAGAUGGUGGCAAUGUCUAUGCCUCAGCAACAGCAGUGGUUGAAGCAAAUACAAUCAUCCAUGGGCUCACCAGUUUCCCCACAGCAACAAUAUCAGCAGCAGAGGCUCCUGUUUAUGCAGCAACUGCAGCAGAAGACAGGAUUGAGCCAACAACAACUUCUCCAAAUCCAACAACAGCAUCCACAUCUCACUGCCCAACAGCUGAUUCAGCAGCAACAAAUUUUGCAGCAGUUUCAGCAGCAGCAACUGCUACAAUCUCCGCGUGUUUCAGCAUCUGGUUCACAGAAGUCUGCGAACCUUACAGGCUCGCAGCCGGGUACACCAUUGUCAGGUGGAACCAUGACUGGUGGAAGUGCAAGUCAGGGAGCCGAAGGAACUAGCCAACUUCUUGGGAAAAGAAAAAUACAAGAUCUGGUUGCACAGGUAGACCCCCUAGGCAAGGUUGACCCUGAAGUGGAGGAUUUACUUCUAGAAAUCGCCGAUGACUUCAUUGACUCGGUGACUGCAUUUGCGUGUACCUUGGCAAAGCACAGGAAAUCAUCAGUUGUCGAAGCCAAGGAUGUGUUGCUGCACUUAGAAAGAAAUUGGCAUUUAUCUGUUCCUGGUUUCUCAAGGGAGGAUAAGAAUCCCCAAAGAAAUUCUGUAAAGCCAUUGGUAGAUCCCCAACAAUCAGAAAGUGACGUUACUGGUAUUAGAGGUACAAGCAAUAAACUAGGUGCUAAUAACUCAGUUGGCAACCAUCAAAUACGACCUCCAAUGGCAGAAACUUCGGCUGUGCCAACAGUGGGCUCUCUAUCGAAAGCCCCUCGCUUCUAAGGGCUAUGCUGCUCUUCCCUAUUGAAGGAAAAAUUCCUCCUUCUGAAGGUUUCAGGACAAUCUACGUCGAAAACAGCCCAUAGGCUCUAACUCAAGGAUUGCUAGCAAGUGGAAGCAAAAUAAACCCACGAGCGUCUGUGGCAAACUGCAGAUGCUUGUGUCUUACAGGAAAGCAGUUGCUGACUUACCAAUCGUCUCUGGCAGAUCCUCUCUACCUGGGGUCGUAUGUAACUGUAUUUUCUUUUUGUGCCCGUAAAUGCCCCCAUCCGUUGUAUAUAAAUGUUUUUGCAAUGGGGGCAUUAUCGUCUCCAGUUUUGAUGUUGCUAUGUAGGCGAACAAAUACUAAAGUGGAAGUUAAUGAAGUGUAAGAUUGAUGUCGUUUUCCGUUACUGAACAGUUGUGCCA